UGGAGACUUGAUGGCUGGUGUGGGUAGUUUGCGUGGUUUGCAGGCUCAGAGCCGCCCCGGGGGGGGAGGGCACAUCUCGCACGCCUUCUCACGCUUAGACCAGUGGAGUGUGCGAGUUUGGUUCGGGAGUGUGGGUUUGGAUUGGUGGUGUGUGGGCUGUAUGUAGGUAGUGGUUCUACCAUGCUUUGCUGCUGCACGUCAUCCCAUUUCUCGCCGAUGGUCCUGGUCUGGGGUGACCGAAGAGAAGGGUGCGAUGGUGACUUUGAAUAGCAGACCCUUUUUUAAUUUUUUGAUAUCGCACUGGCUUGGGGAGCGUGCAGAGAUUACGUUCUUCCUUGGUUGUAAUUUGGCUAGAUGUCUAAGCCAUGGGGUUUACUUCAGCUGGUGUGCAUUAAACGAUGAAGAUGACUUUCCCUCUCCCGUCCUCAGCAGUGAUUACUUAGACCCUGCAUGUCCUCCCUUUCGGAGCGGAUUUGAUCGUGGUGGAUCAAGUUCGAGAUGGAGGGUAGGGCCACUGGGGGUGAUGGAAUGUCAGAUUGUCACUGCAGAAAUUCCAAUGACGGUAGUGUCCACCGUUCCCCCGUUCCUCCUCCUCCCCUCUCUCUCUCACUCUGAGUUACACAAGAAGGGUAGGACGAGGGAAAAUGAUUUCUUAUGGGGGGGGGGGGAAGGUGAUGAAAGGGAGAAGAUGACGACGAGGAGAGAGUAUGUGUUUCUGUUGAGGGACGAAGGACAGGCAACACAUGUGACGGUAUGACGAGUUCAGGGUACCGGUAGAGAAGCCCGGGUGUGAUACGAAAAAAGCCACACCUUCACCUUUGUUUGUCACUGCGGAUGUCUCGGUCGCCUGCCUCGAGGUCUUGGUGUGCUUAUUAGUCAUUAUUUGGUUGGAGAAUGGGCAGACAGACUCACAUGUCGAUGAGGGCACAAACACCC